AUGGCUGCUGAAUUUGCUGCUGCUGCUGCUGCCAAUACCAUGGGGAACCUGGCAACAGAAUACGCAUCAACUUAUCUCAGUUACUUUUUCCGUUUUGGCAAAAUUGUUGAUGAUUUCAAGAAUCGACGAACCGAACUUGAAUUGAAAAAAGAUCGGGUGAAAAAUGAUGUCGAUGAAGCUCUAACACAAACUAAGGUGAUUGAGAAGGAUGUUGUAGACUGGCUAACAAGGGCAGAGAAAGAAUUGGGAGAAGCUCAAAGUUUGCAAGAUGAAAUGGAACGUAAAAAGUGUUUCAAUUGGUGUCCUAGUUGGGGUUGGCAAUAUUGCUUAAGUAAGAGAGUAGUGAAGAAGACACUUUAUAUCUCUCAACUUUUAGAGACUUGUAAUUUUCAACGAAUAGGUCAUCGAGCUACUCUUCCAGGAUUAGAAUUCAUUUCGUCUAAAGAUUUCAUGUCUUCUGAAUCUUCGAAUUCUGCUUUCAAAGAGAUCAUGGAUGCUCUGAAUAAUUGUGAUGUGAACAUGAUUGGACUAUAUGGGAUGGGAGGAGUGGGCAAAACCACUUUGGCAAAAGAAGUGGGAAAGCAAGCCAAACAACUUUUCGAUAAAGCUGUGAUUGUAACCGUGUCCCAAGCUCCAAAUGUCAGCAGUAUCCAAGACAAAAUUGCAGACUUCCUAGAUUUAGUUCUUGAAAAGAAGACUAUAGAAGGAAAAGCAGAACAAUUGUGGUUGAGAAUAAAAGACGUGAAGAACAUCCUUAUAAUCCUUGAUGAUGUUUGGGAAGAACUUGACUUGAAGGCUAUAGGAAUUCCCUUCGGUGAUGAUCACAACGGUUGUAAAAUUUUUCUAACCACGCGUCUUCAACAAGUUUGCACUCGAAUGAACUGUCAAAAGGACGUUCAGCUCAACAUCUUAUCUGAACAUGAAGCAUGGGCUUUAUUCAAAGAUAAUGCUGGGCUAAAAGAUGUCCCUUCCCCCUUGAAUGAUGUAGCCAAGAAGGUUUCCGGAGAAUGUAAGGGUUUGCCUCUUGCAAUUGUUACUGUGGGAAGAGCUUUGAAAGAUGAAACUCUAGACGGGUGGAAAGUAGUAUAUCAGCGAUUGAAAGACUCUAGGCAUAUGGAGAAUCAAGAUGUUUGCGGAGGUAUUUAUAGUAGUCUUAAGAUUAGUUAUGAUUAUUUAAAAACAGAUAGCAGUCGUUCAUGUUUACUAUUGUGUUCGCUUUUUUCAGAAGAUCACGAGAUUAGAAUCGAGGAAUUAAUUGUUUAUGGAAUUGGACAAGGAAUUUUCGACGGUGUUAACUUAAUUGAAGAUGCAAGGAGGGAAAUGCGUGUAACAAUAACAAACCUCCAAAAGUCAGGUUUGUUGUUGAAAGCCAAUGAUGAAAGGCUUGUGAAAAUGCAUGAUGUGGUUCGUGAUUUUGUUCAUUGGAUGACAUCAGAAGGGGAAAACACAUUCAUGGUGAAAAGUGGGUUAAAGGAAUGGCCUAAGAGUAGAUGUUACACAGCAAUCUCAUUGAGUAAAAUAAAUAUUUUUCCUGACAAAUUGGAGUUUCCAAAUCUCAAAACUCUCUUGUUAGAUUGUGAUUAUGACAACGAUAACGAGAGUUUAACAAGAGUUCCCAGUAUGUUUUUCAAAGGAAUGAAAGUCCUCAACGUUUUAGUUCUUAAAAGGGUCUUCUUAUCAUUAGAAGUACUUCAAUUCUUAACAAACCUUCGAACUCUACACUUGGAAGGUUGUCAUUUGGAGAAUGCUUCUGCAUUGGGAAAUUUGAAAGAACUUGAAAUUCUUGUUAUUCGUUAUUCUGAUAUCAAUAAGCUACCCUACGAAUUAUGGGAAUUGACUACUCUAAGAUUGCUAGUUAUAUGGAACUAUUCACCAGUUUUGAUUCCCCGAAAUUUGCAACCAAGGUUGGAGCGACUAGAAGAGCUACACCUUUAUCCAUGUAUACAAAGGCGAGUCAUUAGCUUAUUAAAGCUGUGUUCAUCACCCCACUUGACCUCGCUAACACUGACGGUUUCUUCUAGACGUAUUCCAAAAAGUUUUGCUUUCCCUAGAUUACAAAGCUUCAUUAUAAUUGUAAACUUGGUAGCAGAAGAUGUUUAUAAUGUGUAUGAAACUAAUUCUGUUGGGUAUUUGACCUCAAGAAGAAUCUUGGCAAUCAGUGGAUUCUCAUUGAAUGCAUUCAAGAAGUUGUUUUGGAAUGUGGAAGAGCUUACUCUUGAUAACGUCAUGGAUUACAAAGAUAUUGUCCCAAGUGCAGAUCAAGGGGGACUGAAUGAAUUAACUUCUUUCAAUAUUAGAGAUUGCAAGGAUUUGGAAUACUUGAUUGAUACAACACAAGAGCAAGGGCCACACUCUGCUGCUGCAUUCUGCAAUUUGGUGAUAUUAACUUUGACCAACAUGAUUUGCUUGAAAGAGUUGUGCCAUGGUCGGUUUCCGAAUGGGUUCUUGCAGAAGUUAGAAAUAUUGACUAUAUCGGAAUGCAAUAAUCUCAUAGUUGCAAUUCCGGGCCUGCCAAAUAUAAAAGAAUUGAGUGUUGAAGAUUGUGCGAGGUUGGAAGUGGUAUUCCAAAUAAAUGGGCGUCUUCAUGCCAAUGAAGAAAAUCAGACGUCAAUGCUAUCAAGUUUAACUAAUUUGGAGUUAGAUUCAUUACCAGAAUUGAAGCACAUAUGGACAGGACCUCCUCAUCUUGUUAAACUCCAAAGUCUGGAGGUUAUCAGAAUAGCGUCUUGCGAUAAACUGGCAUCUCUCUUUCCUGCCACCAUUGCUCAAAGUUUGGUGCAUCUAGAAGAACUCCAUAUACACGAUUGCAGUGAGUUGGAACAUAUCAUCACAGAAGCAGAAACUGAUAACAAUGAAAUAGUAUUCGACACGCAUCUCCAUUCUCUGUGUUGGCCAAAAUUGAAAACUGUCCAUAUAAGUUGUUGUCCAAAAUUAGAAUAUAUGUUUCCGAACACUUCGGCUCAAGGUCUUCCGUGCUUGGAAUUGGUUGAGAUAAUUCAUUCUCCUCAAUUAAAGCAAGUCUUCAAUAUGGCAAGCUCCAAGGUAUCUACCUAUCACUUAAGCCUCCGAAAGCUGAGGCUUGUAGAAAUAAGUAGUAAGACACUGGCAUCUCUAUUUCCGAAGUCCGUCGCAGAAAGUCUAGUGCAACUGGAAAUACUACAGAUAGAUUGUUGCCCUUUGUUGGAGCAAAUUUUCUCAGAAAUGAAGGUGUCUACGCAUCAUGCAAAUCCGCCCGGGCUAAAGGAUUUAGAGGUGCGCAAUUGCCACAGGCUGCCAAUUCUUUUCUCAGUGCCCCUUACUCCUUGUCUGGUGCAAUUAGAAAGACUUGAGCUAGAGAACUGCACUAUAUUGGAGCAAAUUAUCUCAAACAAGGGAGUCGGUGAUGGCAAAGUACUAAAGAAUCCUCUGUGCUUGUCCAAAUUGACGACUCUUAAGAUAAUUGCUUGUCCUAGAUUGGAAUAUAUAUUUCCAGGCUUUGUGGCUGAACGUCUCCCACAAUUGAAAGUGCUUCACUUAGAGGAUUUGGCACAAAUAGAACAAGUCAUCAGCCCGGCAGAUGACAGGGAUGGAGAUGACAUUCUGCUCAAGUUGCCAGCUUUGCAGACAUUAUCAGUGAAAAAUUGUCCCCAGUUGACAUCCUUCAUUAUCCAGGCUCAGAUAAAGGAAUUAUAUCUUUCUAAGUUGGGAAAUAGCAACCAAUUGUGUAUUUCAGCCAAUUGCAAUCAAGACUAUAUAGCUGUUGGGAAUUAUGAAGAGGUAUUUCAGGUUCAUGGUGGGUAUUCAUUCUCAAGUAUAAAAGAAUUGCACCUGGAGCAUUUAUCUAAAGUGCAUAAUAUAUGGAGGAGCGAUGUUGCUCAAGUUGUAACCCUUGAAAACCUUACAAUUCUGCAGGUGAAUGAUUGCAAGAGGCUAAGAUAUAUAUUUUCACCUACGACUGCUCGAAGUUUAUCACAGUUGGUCGAUCUAAAUAUAACGAAAUGUGAUGAAUUGGACCAAAUUAUUGCUGAAGAUGAAGUUUGUUCAUCAUCAAAUCGUUAUCCCAACCCUAUAAGCUUUCCUAAUUUGACCACAAUUUCUGUUAGAUUUUGCAAAAAAUUGAAAAGUCUCUCUCCACUCGGAUCUGCUUGUUGUCUUUCAAAACUUCAAAGUUUAAGAGUUCAAGGGAACUCUAAAUUGGAGCAAGUAUUUGAACCAGAAGAUGAAGAAGAAGCAAUAGCUGAAAAGGAGAUAAAGUUUGAUCGAUUAAGAUUAUUAUCACUUGAAGAACUACCAAGCCUCAUUGACUUCUGUCCAAUGGGAUAUCAUUUCGUAUUAUCGGAUUUGAAUUGUUUGAUAGUAGAAGAGUGUCCCAAGCUGACUACAGGUUUCUUCAUAGAUUCAGAGAAAUAUGUGCACGCCAAAGCAAAGGCACUACAAUUGCUUCAAGAAGACCUCAUCGGAGGGUCUACUAGUACUCCAAAUGUAUUUCAUGCUGAGAACAUAUAUUGGUUUAGCAGCAUGAGUGGUGUGCUCCCACCUUACAUGGAAGAAUGA